AUGUGGUCGGCUUCAGAUGGGUGUCAGGAGGUCAGUGAUCGGGGUCCAUCAUUACCUGUUACUCACCUUACCAGCCGUUCACUAUCAUACAUUGAGGAGCUUUCCUCUGGCAAGCGAAUAAACUUGUAUCGGUCUACCUCGUUCGCAAGGAGUUUCUCUAUCGCAUCGGUACAUAAAAUGAGUGAAACAACAACUCGCACGACGGGCCAGAAAAGAAAACGAGAUGAUGCGGCCUCAGUACAAAGUCCGGCAGGAGGAAACGCUCAAAGACAUGCCAUUGCUGACAGUCUCGGGUCGAACAUAGAUUUAGACCCAAACAACUUUCAGAAUGGCUCGUUCUACAUGGGCCACCCUCAGAAUGGUUACAAUCCGGCCUUAAUGGCGAUGCAAGCUACAAUAUUACAAGCUCAAACAGCUGCUGCAAUGGCUGCCUCCGGUUCGGGAACUGCAACACCAUCCGGUGCUCACCGCGCAAAGGACAGCGGCAAUGCUGACCGAACAAACUUUAACCAACUCAAGGAUGCCAUGUCUAUGGGUGGGGUUUCUCUUCGGGAAGAAGAGGAUUACCUUAAUCAACGUGGUCAGAUACCCAGCAGCUCCUACUCUGGAGAUAACCGCUCCCGUACCCAGGAUUUCAUCCCUCACCAAUUCCUCGUUUCCCUAUUCAAGACCGUCGCCAAACACCACAAGCUUCAGGGUAUCACCCAGGACGUCAUUACCCUUGCUGGACUAGCAGUCGAACAGCGUCUACGAUCGCUGGUGGAAAAGGCCAACGUCGCAAGUAAUCACCGCUGGGAGACCCAGACCGAAAUCAAUGCUGGAAAUACCAUCAAAAAGGAAGCCGACGAAGAAGAAAAGGAACGUGUUUCCAUGUAUGCCGAUGGAAAGACCCCAGUCUUCGAUAGAAACUUGCGAAGAGAUGUUGGAAAGCAAUUACUGGCCAUUGAAAA